UCACGACUUUUUACAACCAAGAUAUUUAAAGGCCGUUUCCCCCAGAAUCAUUUUUACUCUCUAAAAUGUUUUCUGUUAAAUAUCACAUCGUUAUAUAUAUAGUUAUUUUUUGAAAGAUAACAGUAUUUACAGUUUCUGUUCUCCAGAUAGUGAUUUUGAUUCGACUUGUUCUGAUAAAAUAGACCAGUUUGAAUUCUCUCCGCUGAAUUAUUCAGACUUUUUUCUUCCAAAUAUUACGCAUUUUAAAAUAUAAUCGACUUUCUUUAAAACAAAUAUUUAAACCUUUUUUUUGUCUAAAAAUCACAACUUUUCUGUCGCAUUAUUACAACUUUCCUCUGAGUUUCCUCUCAGUAGAAAUCUCUCACGCCAAACUGUCCCCUUUAAUUCCUCUGUAUUCUGAAGCUUCAACAUUUAUACAAACGUUAUCACUAAAAACAUGCGGAAAAGGCUGUUUCCUGAUGUCUCUCAACACAAGCACGCUGACGUCUUAGAGAUGCACCAACUUUCCCUUCCUCUACUUUCAGAAAAACAAAUCUGUCUCAAACGAUUGCCACACAUUUGCUGUCUCAUUAUCACCGUGCAUAACACUCCCAUUAAACCAGACAUGUUCAGACCUCCAGACGUUCAUUCUCUCGGUGAUCUUGUCAGAGUUUUCCGGAGCGUCGGUGCGGAGGAUAUAUUUCUCAGAGAGACUGAACAUGAACUGCAGGAUGAAAAUGCGGCGGCACAGGGUGUUCUUGCUGUGCACGGUGGGGCUGUGCGUCAUCUCCUUCCUGCAUUACUACAAGGCCCUCCAUUACGUGUCCCUGCUGCGAGAGCUCUCCGCCCCCUACCCCAACAUCAAGUCCUUCAUCAUGGUCACCGGCUUCUUCUGGAGGGAGAAGGGCGUGGGCAGCACCCCGAUUAGCCCCGCCUCCCCAGAAGAGGCCCCACCCCUUCCCAUCCUCCGCCAAUCGGACACCAAAGCCAGAGCGGUGGCAGGCGAUGGAGGAGUUGGAGGACUGGGGAUCGGGGGGGUCGUGGUGGGAGGAGAUGGGAUCGUUGGUAAUGCAGGGCUGGAGGUGAGGUUGAGGGACGAGCCGGCACCCCCUCACCCCUGGGAGAAACCAGAAGAGAACCAGCGGGGGGACAAUCCCAUUGAUGAGAGAGCUGAAGACCACUUGAAACCCAGAAACCCGAGUCACCCUGCAGGCCCUGACCUCCCGGAGAACCUCCUGGUGGGGAAGCAGCACAAGGACAAAAAACGGAUGCAAGACCCCUUAAAAUUAUUGGGAGACCUCCACACCCGCAAUCACCAGCUCCUCAAUGACAGAACAGCUUUCUUUGUCCGAACCAAAGCCGGAGCCUUUUGUUUUAGGCAGGGAACAGAGGUGGCUACCCAAAAGGAAUACUCUGGGAAAACUGGGGGGGUUGUGGCUAACGGAGCAGGGGAAGGUAAUCGAAAUGCUGGGCAAAGGAAGCCUCUGGAGGUCCAGCAGCAGCCCUCCAUGAAUCCUAAAGCAAAGACCAGAGCCAGAGGGAAUGGGAAGCGCCUGGUGAAGUGUGUGUGUCGGCCGGGGUGGCACGGGCCGUACUGCGGGGUUCCCACCAUGGUGUACCACUCCAACCUGCCCACCAAGGAGCGGUUGACGCCCAGAGAAACCCCGCGGAGGGUCAUCAACGCCAUCAACGUGAACCACGAGUUCGACCUGCUGCACGUACGCUUUCACGAGCUCUCACAGGCAGUCGAUCUCUUCCUCGUCUGUGAAUCCAACUUCACUGCAUACGGAGAGAAACGGCCUCUGAGUUUCCUGCGGCUCCUGCUCAACGGCACGUACGACUACAUUCGUCACAAGAUCCUGUACGUGUUCCUCGAUCACUUCCCAGAGGGCGGUCGGCAGGACGGCUGGAUCGCGGACGACUACCUGCGAACCUACCUGACGCACAACGGCUUGUCCAGGGUGUCGGGUUUAAGAUCGGACGACGUCUUCGUCAUCAACGACGCAGAUGAGAUCCCAGCACGAGAGGGCCUCCUCUUCCUCAAGCUGUUCGAUGGCUGGACGGAGCCUUUCGCCAUCCAUAUGCGCAAGUCGCUGUAUGGAUUUUUCUGGAAGCAGUUUGGCUCUCUGGAGGUGGUGUCCGGCUGCACGGUGGGGAUGCUCCGAGACGUCUACGACGGCGACGGUAUCAAGCUCCGCCGCCGCGAGUACUACACCAUGCCGGGUUUCCGCAAGUACGAGAACGACACAGGCCACAUCCUGGUGCAGUGGUCGGUGGGAAGCCCCUUCCACUUCGCCGGCUGGCACUGCUCCUGGUGCUUCAGGCCCGAGGGCAUCUUCUUCAAGCUGGUGUCGGCUCAGAACGGAGACUUCCCGCGGUGGGGGGACUACGAGGACAAACGUACCCUCAACUACAUCCGGGAUCUGAUCCGGACGGGGGGCUGGUUCGAUGGCUUUCAGGAAUUACCCCCUGUGGACGCCAAAGAGCACAUGUACGCCCCAAAGUAUAUGCUGGAGCACUAUGAACGGUACCGCUACCUCCUGGAGAACCCUUACAGCAAAGCGUCCGAGGGCUAGGAGUUCUGCAUGGAUAGAAUAUGUGACGUAACUAGUAGGACCCGAAUGAGGCCUCGGCACUGAGUUUUGGGGGGCGAAACGGUACUGAAGAACUACUUCUCUCAGUUGGAGGGAUACUACAUGAAUCACCAGGCAGCACUGAUGUUGCAAUCUCUUACAAAUAUUAUUUUGGGGUGAAAAAAGGGAUCACCGAACCGCAUCGUCCUUGGAUUCACAGAGAGGUCUCUGAGAGGAUACAACCACUGGAUAAACAACAUCAUAGAUUUCCUCAUCCCUCCCUUUUUUGGGGGAGGAGCCAAGUCGUCUCUCUUUCUGUCACCCUGUCCUCUCCCGAGCUGAUUGGUCGUUUGGAAGUAAAGAGAGGUAUAUUACAGAGCCGAGUGGAGAAACUUGGAAUUGAGGAAUUGUUUUUUUCUGUCUGUGUUUACUAAAGUUUACGGCUGAUGUUCCCACUUCUUUCUCCCACUUCAGACGUCUUCCUGUCAUAUCUGGUGACCUCCUUCUAGAAAACAGACAUGCUUUAUGUUAUUCUUUGGGUCUCAGUAGAUAAGUAUAAAUCCCAUCACACCCCGCUGGAGAACCCACUGCCAAACGAAAGGAAUGAAUCGAUGGAAAUGUCUCAGUGUCCACAUGCACCUUGUGUGUUUGAAAGUGUGUGUGUGUGGUCUAUCUUUGUGUCAUACUGCGUGGUAGACCGCCUGUGACUGAGGGGGGAGAUGGGGAGGCAGCGAGAUGGGGAGGCAGCGAGAUGGGGAAGCAGGAGGUGGGAAAGCAAGUAAUGAGCAGCGAUGAAAGGGAAAGAAAAGGAGGCUCUCUCUCGACGCUUUCCCACAGUAUCUGCUGACGCGCCAGUGUGGCAGGGAUGAGUGAUCGAAUGUGUGUGUGUACGCUCUGAAUAAAUCAUACCCCGUCGAUGGCAUAUGAGACGGAUGAAACUCGCCGUCAUUGUUUGUCCGAUGAGAGGAAUCGAGAAAGACAAGAUGACCCUUCAGCUUCGUGCGACUGCAAUGACUUAGUUCCCUUGGAAACUAAAGCGGAGUGUGUGAGACGGCCAGGGUGUUUAGAGAUAAGUGGGUGGGUGCUCUUCGGGCGGCGUUCAAACGAGGUCAACGCCGACCGAGAAUCCCCUUAGUUUAAUAUUCCUCUCUCUGCUCGUCGCCCACUCUCUGAAACAGACACUUUCUUUCUGUUUUCGUGCUGCUAAGUGUCCUCUUUCUUCUUCCUCUAGUGUUGGUUUCCUCCUAAUCCCAUAACAAGGCCCGUUUUCUCUCUUCAGUUCAGUUAUUACAUUACAUGUCAUCAAGCGGACACUUUUAUCCCAAGCGACUUACUUGCACUUCAAUACUGUAGACUCCCGGUGCUAUUUUAGACUCUUUGACCUGCUGUAUAUCGAACCACUGACCCUCCGAUAGGUAGACACACAUUUACCCCCUGAGCCACAGCCAAUCUCUCUCUACAUUUGUGACCCGGCCAUUGAAACCAGGCAGAUGUCGCUCCAGCGCAUUUGCGAGAUAGCUGUGGAUUUAUGUCUGAAAGUUAUGUUUUGGUCCUUAUUAGGGUUAAGGUUAGGGUUAGGGUUACACCUUAUGUCUCCCUGAAGAGUGACGGACUCCUAGUAACCUGGCAGUGUAUGAGACAGUUGGUUUCCAUCUGAUUAGAAAUAAAAACAAAGUCUUGGCUCUCAGGAUAUUCAAUUAUUAUCGCCCAAAUGUAGACGAUAAAUACUGUGUUGACGCUUGUGGCGAGCAACUUCACAGCAGAGGCAUUACAACAGGCGGUGUGUUGUGUGUGUGGAAAAUACUCACACACUCCAACACCAACUUUCUGACUCAGAAUCAUAGCUAAUCCAGUCGUGGUCCUAAAGAGGGGGGCAGGAGUAAUAUGCCCCCAAAAUAUCAGGCUUUCAGCCCCCUCAUUGGCUAAAAGUCAUCUGCUAACACUGAAGGCUUCUUUUCCCAGAGUCGUGACAGUCGUCUUGUUUUGUGAAACAUGUUGCUGUAUAUUUGGAGAACACCAAAAGGAUAUCAUUUGAAAGCUAAGAAGCUCCUCGAUCUAACAGUGUAUAUAACCCCAUAGGUUACUUAUGCGCCUCUAUGUCAACUCUUUCCCUCCAGACGUGUACCUCUUCCCUCUUAAUCCUCCGAAGAAUUUCAAUAAUAGGGAUAUAUUUACAUUCUUCCAGCCCUCAUUUCUAUCCCGUGUCUCGACGGGACAGGAAGUAACCCUAGCAGUGCCACAGAUCUCUACCAUCUGAACGUGUAGCCUCUCUCUCCCGUGCUGGCAGACGUCCGUCCAUGUGGCUGUUGCCUGAAUCCCCCCGCCCCCUCAUUGUUUGGCAGAGUUUAUGAAUCAUUUUGGCGAGCAUACUUCUCUUUGUGGGCGUUUAGUGUGGGCUGGAUGUACUUGUCAAGGCGAGGGGAAAGCUAAAGAGGUCAGAAGAGUAUGAAACAAACUGAAAUGCCGAUUGACUGCGUCCACCAUCUUGCUUCUCCACCUCACGUCUGUGCCUUCGGUGUUAUUGUUUACCGCGGCUUCAGGCGUUUCAAGCGACAGUGCCUCUAGAGGAAAAAAACAGUUUGGAGUAAGGGAACUUUUCUGCAAGGCGAGGAUAGGAUGUAAUCUAUUUAGACGUUUAGAAGCUUUAGUUUUACUGUGAAAGACCCUUAACAUUGACAUUUUACCUGUUCCUCUUUACUUUAAGUGUCCUUGAGCCAGAACCACAUCCUCUUACUCAUCCAGUCCUUCUGCACAACCUUAACAUGAAACCAAAAUGCAUGAUAAGCGAGAUUUUUGCAAACUAGAUUAAAGAUUUGAAGAUGCUGUCAAAGAAAAAUCUGGAGACCAAGAAUCCCGACAAACAACACACACAAUAUACUCAAAACCUACAAGAAAUAAGGUUCAGCGUUAUUUGUAUAGCACAUUUUAAGACACAGAGGCAAUUAAAGUGCUUCACAUUUAACACAUGAUAAUUAAGACAAACAAACACACAAGGCGGUAAUAAACAGUGCAAAGUGGUGAGCAUAUUCGGCCGUAAAGCUUGGUUUCCUGCUGUCUCCCGUGGAUGGGAGCUCAUAUUUAGAAAGCAGAUUACCCAGCAGCAGCAGCUGUUCGGGGUUUGUGUUGUUGGUGUCGGAGAGCCAAACUCCCAUCCAAAAACCCACAGGGGCUGACAGCGAUACCAGCUUUAAAUAGGAUUUGACACCAAAAGACAGAGGAGGCGACAACAAUGCAACGCAAACAAUGGAGGUUUCUUGUGUUUAUUAAUGAGAUGUAUUUGUGUAGACUUCAAAAGGUUAGUGAUUUAUGGAACAAAACCAUAGAAGGAAGAAGGAGAAGUGAACUUUUGGCAAUUGUGGAUAUAUCAGGGAUGUAAAAUCAUUCAGGCAGUUUGUGAACAAUCGUAGAUGAACCCACCUUCGCAUGAUUUCGUGGCCAUGCUUUGGAAUUUGAAAGAAAAGUAGCUUGAAAUACACAAACAUAUCAUUCAUAGAGUCAGGACUCAGCAGCAAGAAACUGACCAAAGUAUUUAAUCACACAAACAGAAAACCUCCCUCUGUCUUCAGGGCUCACCAUGUGCAGACCUUGAUCUUUGCAACAUGUUGCUACGUGUUUAAAAAGCUUUAUGGCUAAGUCUUAUCUCAGAAAUGUUUAAUCCCACAAGGGAGUGUUAGCAGAGAGGUAAUAAGAGCUGCUCCCGCCUCUCUGCUGCAGGGUGUGUGGAGUUUUACAUUUUCUUAAUAGUUUGUGUAUUACACAGUCAUGGUGACUCAGGCCAGAUAAGGCUGUCCGGCCCGCGCCUGUUGCCACGUUACCAUCAUGGCAACGAUCCCAUUGGUCGACUUCUGAGAUCCCAAACAGCCGGAGGUCAUCAGACAGCGGGCCGGAGGGUGACAUGUGAGAAAGAGCAGAGGGAGGAUGAGGGAGGGAAAUCACAAAAACAGAUUUUCACUAAAUUGUACAACUCACAACUUGAGCUUAGUUUAAAAACAUGGCAAAACGUAGGGAAAUAUUCAAGCUGUAGCACGCACGCACGCACAUGUAGCUGACUUAUCGCAGCAAGAAGGCACAAUGAACAAGGAGCAGGCAAAAUAAACGGCAACAAUAUUAUUUCAAAUGUUGAGCCAGGAAUAAAACAUCGAUGAAAGAGUUUUGGCCUUAAACCAGAUCAAGAAGUGGCAAAAGUCUACGAUUGAUGAACAGACAGUUAUAUCCAAAAAGAUAAAUAAUCCAUCCACCGCUGUCCUUGUCUUAUUGGAGGAAUACGCGGAAAAGGAAAUGCUCAUCAUUAAGUUAAAAAAGAUGUAUAAUCCAGUUAAAACAAAUACACAGUUGAAUGAUGAUUGGAGCAAUGUGAGCACCUCAUGAUGGAUUCAAGAUCGAAAAGAGACCUGAAUGUAGGGUUAAUGAACAAUCCAGAAAAAUACCGUAUAGUUAUCCGUACAUCGCCGUUCUUGUCCUAUUGUUUGAAAAGGUGGUUAGGACAUGGGGAGAGGAGGGAGGAAACAAUCAGGACCUAACCACCUUUGGUUGUUCACUAGGAUAAGGUAAAGUCAUCUUGUCGUUGAAUGAGAAGCGUCUAACUAGAUGAGUUCAGUUCAAACUGAAAACUGUUCAAUGACGAUUGGAGCGAUGAUUGGAUUCAAAGGCCUGACAACGUCUUGCUCAAGGACACUUCAGUAGAUUGUAACCCCAGCAGACGUUACAGGCGGUCUGACUGGGCUUUGGCUUAUUGACCGGACAGAGAAUCGAUAAAGCGAUGACACAUGGGAAAGGAAAUAUCUGCAGCCUCCAAACACACCCUCUGAGGCCGGUCUGAGCUGCGUUGCUAGGAGACAGAUCUGGGAUGUCUUUAUUGCAGGUUAUUGAUAUUACCAAUAACCUGCAAGGUCAGUGUUUGAAACUGAAGAUGUAGAUGUUGUCCAAAGACGUAUCCACAUUGUGUGCCACGGCAUCUAGAGAACUGAGGCAGGAACACAUUUACUUUUCAGUUAUUUAUCAAUUGAGGUUAUUUUUGCGAUUUUAUGUAGAGUUUUAAAUGGAUGCUCCAAUGAUUCAGUAUUGCACUUCUAUACGUUUGAGGUACUUGCGAUUUACAGGACAACACAAAUACAUUAUAAAAGGACAAAUAAAUAACAUGUAUGAAGCACGGAUGUCGAAACGUAUUUAAAAAGACUUGAUCCUCCACUCAUCAACGUCUUUUUGCUUCACCUUCCCUUCUUGGUAGUUGAUGGCAUCUUUUAAACCCAAACGACAAUGUAUUACGCACUUUUUUAAAUUAUUAAUCUAUAUUCUUUAAGCCCCUUGACUAGAACCACACAUAGUUAACAGAUAAGUAUCGUUAAGACCUGAAGAUACAGACUAUUGAAAAAGAUCAGUUUUACAGGAUUACUGACGACGUUUACAAAAGAUUAGGUUUUCACCAUUCUGACAAUAUUGCUACUAAACUGUUAACAAUACAAAUGAGCAUUCCCCUUUAAAGGUUAGUAGGUACGUUUCAGAAACCGGCUCGAGAUACACUUGUUGUUAUAUUCCAUGGAAUGCUCUUAACAUCCCGAUAGCAAUGAAUAUCUGAAGUGCUUUGACAACAAAUCCAUAACAAUAUUUCAUCUGUGGAAGCCGUGUUGGAUUGCCGCCCUGUCUGUCAGCCUUCCAUCUCGUGCACGCACAAAUGUAUCUCGUGCCCUCAUUGGGCGUGCCGUCAUUGGGCGUGCAUUGCAGCAGUACUUCAAUGACUCGCCAGCAACAGGCGGCCACUUUCAACACGGCAGAGUUAGGUUCAACAUCGUCUACUGGUCGCAAAAGAAAAAAUUUAACGGAGCAAAUUAAGAACAAAAAGAAAGUGGAAACUAGGAGAAGUCAAACCAGAGUCAAUAUCGGAGUUGCUUUUCAACGAUGGCGACUUCUGAUGGAACACACCGAGUUGAAAUCUGACGCCGUGGUCGCUCUUUUUCUCUUGGACAGGUAAUUAUCUGUUUUGUUUGGUUUACAAUUCCCCUGAACUAUAUAGCCAACCUACGUCAUGUGCGCGUUCAUGUGUGUUGGAGGAGGUGCUCUGGAAGGAAGUCUGAAGGAAGGGGCGGAUUCUUUUCGGCUGUGUACUUUCACAUUUUAGUGCACUCGAGACGGUUUCUGAAACUUACCUACCCCACCUUUAAAGGAAGACGUACAAAUAAUACAUUUCCACAUGUUUCCAUAUGUGGUGGACUUGUUGGACUGCAAACACAUCCUCCAUGUUUCCUUUAUUUUGACCAACUUUGUGGAAAGGUUAAGCGAUUAUUGCACACAUCUAAAAAACCUGUUGAUAUCGAAGCCGUUUCUGGACGUGUCCCCAUCUCUACCUACGCCUUGCAAACUGCAGUAAACAACCCCAUAUUGUGAAUGUCCUGCAUACAUGUUCAAUGAAGGCUCCUAAGCACUGAAUAUUAUCGGCAUAUCCCACGUGUCUUAACAUAAAAACCCUACAAAAUAAGGCGUCGUUCUGAAUAUCUAAACAGUUUGCAUGACCCGCAUCAAGUGAUAUCAGUGAGGUCAUGUUUGGUAUAUUAGUGUGCAUGUAAACGUAGUCAUUAGCAGCCUUGAAACCCCCCAUUCUGGGCCCUAUCCUCUUUUCUGCACACACUAACCAUGCACACAUGUUUGUAGCAUUGAGCACGUGUGUUUAUCCUGCACAGAUGUGUGUCUCCAGGGCUGCCCCCCCCCCCCUCCCACAAUCACCCCCCCCCAUCUGUUGUUUUGCUUGAAGAGUGGCUGCUUGUCUACGGGCUUAAAUGCCUUCACGGCUCUGGCCCCCUCCAGCGCUGUGGCUCUCCCGGAUUGAUCUUUUCCAAGAAACAUUAGAGAGGGAGGGAGGCCGGAAAUCAAGAGGAGGGUGUGGAGAAAAGAGGGUCGUUUUACUUGGAAGUCGUUCCUUUUUUUCCCCCUCUUUCUGACAAGCGUCUGGAAUGUUUUGAGCAAAAAGCACCCAAGUAUGCAGCGUUUCUACACUAAAGACCACUUUCCCCUUUAGUUUGCACUUCGCCGGCGGAAGGUUCUUGAAUAUGUUUUGAAAUAGAAAACCCACAGCAACGGAAAGCUGCUGCUGCUGCUGCUGUUAUGGUCUUGGCUAUAAUGCAUUGUUAUUCCCUUUGUGUGGGAAGGGUUUUCCAAGAACUGAGCAAUCACAUUAACUCGAGCAGCUGCAGGAUGUUUCAGCGCUGAUUGGAAAAGUACUUACUAACCACAAGCAUUGCCAAAACAAGUGCAAGACGAGCUUUUUUUCGGGCUGGAUAUGACUCAAUGUUACUUUAGGGGUCGGUUCACCCAAAUGCCAAAACACUUCCCUCUCGCUGCAGAAUCCAGGAUCGCUUAAGCUGCCCAGACUUUGGAAACAUCGUUGAGGUUUCUGUCGCCACCCCUUCAACAAUGGAGAUGAAUUGAAUGGGAUUAUUGGUGCUUACAAAGUCAAAACAAAUCUAUUUAGUGUCUUCAAAAUGUUCUCACAAAGUUAUAGUCCCUCUGAAAACUGUUGACCACAUAUUCUGUGGGUUAUCCACCGAUAGGGACAUCUUUGCAACCUUUUUAGGCUUCAUUUUGUUUAAAACCUAACUUCUGAAGUUCGCUUAUCUCAAGAAGUCGAACAAAAGAUCUGCAAAGUGCAUUUUAACAUUGCAAAAAUGUGUGAGUCUGACAACAACAUUUGACUGCGGUGGUGGAUCUCAAACAUGGCCAAAAUCAAACAACAACAUCUGCAUGUCUUGAUGCUUGAGGACAUUUGGGUGAAACACAGAAAGCCACAAUAUGUUACAUUCUUCCAUUUAGACCUAAAACAUUCCCUUUUUGUUUAUAGCUCGUUUUAAUGGGUAAAUAAAUUGGUCCAGUUUAUCCUGUAAAGUUGCAUGGAAAAUGUAUUCGCCAUCACGACAUUGAAGCAGACUCACAUGACGCAGCAGUUAGAGGCAGUGUUGCGUACGAAAUCGUGAAAACCAUAUGUAAUGAUGACGGGGGAACUCUUGCAAACAUGUCAGGCUUUUUCUGUCGAGAUAGGAGUGUGUUUGUCGGUCAGGACCCAACAGAUUGUUGGCUUCAGGUCAGGUCUACGAGUCCAUAUGGUUGUGACACUGCAGAAAUAAAUAGACAGAGCGGCGCUGCAGAGACAGAUGGACGCUGAGUUGGAAGAAAAGUCGUCCGUGCAAAGCAACGAGUAGUGAGUUGAUUAGGCUCUUUGGUUUAAAAAGUAAUAUAAACUUCAGUCGUUUGGAUUCUGAAGUGAGGACAUUUUAGAUUGACACUGUUUUUUCUUUCAGUCGUGGUGCAUUUGCCCCCAGAAGUGUUGCUGGGUUCAGUUCAUGUAUAUCAAGUUGUUUUGAAGACCUACUAAAUACGUGUAAAUGUUGACUGAACAGGAAACCAUCAGGGAGAGAUUUUGAGGUACUAUUUGUUAAGAGUUUAGAGCUUUAACAUUGUGGAAGUUGCUGCCACUUGACACAACCAACCAUAUAUCCAUUCAAGUGAUUCAAUGUCAAGGAAUUGUUAAGAAAACCUUUAAAAUGUCGCCUAAAUGUUGGUCUAUUUGGAACUUUUUCCACCAAUGCGUUUUCUCUGUUUUUCGCCGCAGGUAUAGCCACUUUGAGCGUGACAACCAAAGCAAACGGUAUCUAAUGCUGCUGUUUCCACACAGCCUUUCUGGUGCAAAACGUAGAAAUGAUCUUGACAACACGUGAAUGAAAACCCGUUGAGUUGCAGAGAAGCUGCCGUUGGUAUCAAUAUUGUCAGAAACGGAGCGAAUAAGCGCCUUUUCCAGAAAACCUUCCCUUUGACACUCAACAGCUGCUUCAUCAGGACUGUGUGGUUGUGGUUUCAUCAGAUUUGACUGACAGCGUUGCAAACUCCCACCAACUGUUAUCAGAGGAUCGUUUUCCCAUUUAAAACCAGUGGGAGCGAACACAGAAAAAGAUGUGAAAUAACUUUGGCAGAAAAUAGUGCAUCAUUCAUGGAAGACGUUGAUCGCGAACACAUGUCUUCAAGGACUUACAGAGUACUUUGCGGCAAAGGUUUGGGGAAGGUCUCUUCCUGUUUCAGCCUGACGAUGCCCCUGUGGCUAAAGAAAGACCCAGAGAGAAAGAGUUUGAAGUGUGUAAGCUUGAGACUGGCCUGCAGACACAUGGAGAGAAAAUGAGUGAACGUUAGACUCAAUCUCUCACAUAAAGCCGUUCCAAAAGCGUAGCUUGAAUGGAGGCUUUAUUUCAGGCGUCCACAAACGAUUCCUUGUACUGUUUAUUCCUUAUGUUGUGUGGAACAAAUAUUCUUUAUUUCAGUAAAAGUACUAAUACUACACUGUAGAAAUACUCAAUUUCCAGUAAAAGUAUUGCAACAAAAGUAUUGAAGUACGACUUAAAGUAUUAAGAGUAAAACAACUCAAUAAAUGAUAAAACAUUUUUAAAUUAUUUCAGAUCUUCUUAUUUAAGAAGCCAAUUCAUUUUCUGUCAACCCACGUAUGGUAUAGUUACUUAAACACAAUGUGGAUGGUUUAAUCCAUGACUAAUCAUCACAUUUAAAAAAUAAAAUCUUAAGUAUUGUGUGCAAAAAUCUGAUUUUGAUGAGUAACUAGUAAAUACAUCUGUAAAAAGUGGCCUUCAAAAUGUACUAGACAGUAGUAUAAGAUGGAAAUAAUUGGGCAAGGUUCCUCAAAUGUGUACUUAAGAACUUGAGUAAAUGCACUUAGUUAUCCCCCCCCUGUGUGUGUGGUCCGCUGUGUAACCCUACCUGCAGUCCUGAGAAACAUGGCGUCAAUUAGAGGGUCGACCUUAACCUGAGAGAGAGGGAGGAGAGAGAGAAGAGAGAGAGAGAGAGAGAGGAGUAUAGAGAGAAGAG